CCACCUUCCUUCCUCUCCGUCCUCCCUCUACAAUGAAACACACCUUUAUCGUGAGUCGUGGGAAUUUGUUUCAAGUCACGUGAUGAUAAGUAAUAGCGCGGAUAGGCAAUGUUCCUCUCGUGGAUUUCGUUCAACCGAACAUCAACGGUGCUUUCUUGUUUUACUCGCCGAUUGAGGAUGGUCAUUACCUGUCUCAAGUAGUUCUAGUGUGACUUGCGGCACCUCGUGCGUCAAAAACGCACUGACACACCAUCGUAGUGACUUAAAGCAAACCUGAGUGAAAAUGACUAAUAAAUCAGGGCAACAAAACGGACACGCCAAUGCGGAGUAUCACACCGUCAGCUGGGCGCGCGAAACUCUAUCUCAGAUUUUGGCAACGAGUGCAAAAAGUUUCCUCCUGUUGUGUGUGGGGAUGCUCAUUGGUUUUCCGACGGUGCUCAUUCCUGUUUUGAUGAGGAACAAGGAUGGGGACUUGCAUUUCAGCGGGGAAGAAGCAUCUUGGUAUGGGAGCUUGACCUAUAUUUUCCAGCCGGCGGGUAGCCUCCUGUCGGGAGCAAUGCUUCAGUCUUUCGGUUGCAAAAAACUCAUGAUGCUCAUCAAUAUACCCCAAUUCGGCUGCUGGUUGAUGCUUUACUAUGCCUCCUCCAAUAUCAGCCUUUAUAUUUCUAGUGCAAUGGUUGGGUUUGUGAUAGGAUUGAUGGAAGCACCGACGAUUCGAUACAUCGGUGAAAUCAGCCACCCUUCGCUGAGAGGUGUUUUGACGACAUACUCAUCCAUGUACACCACGAUUGGGUUUCUUGUUGUCUACUUUCUAGGCAGCCUGACAGACUGGCGUCAUGUAGCCCUCUACAGUUCUCUAGCUCCCAUUAUAUGCGUCUUAGCGUUGUCACAGGUGCCAGAGACUCCGAUGUGGUUGAUGUCCAAAGGACGCUCCGAGGAAGCUCUCCACUCUCUUCAAUGGUUGCGCGGCUGGACUACGGCCGAGAUGGUCAAGGACGAGUUUGUCAAACUGGAAUUCUACUCCAGUAAAAAGCCACGCGAGACUCUUCACAGCUACGAAAAAGAAGUCGACACAAGGGAUGAAAAGUGCCCGUCCAACACUAAUGGCAGUCUUGAAAAUGGCUGUGCCAACGGUGCCGCCCGAAACGUCAACUGCAAAUCUUCAAGUUAUCUUAACGUUCGAGGGAAAAGAGGGCUGGCCGAGAAAUGGAACGAUUUAACACGGAAAGAGAUGGUGAUACCUUUGUGCAAGUGCAUAGUCCUCCAUUGCAUCUCCCUCUUCAGCGGGUUGCUGCCUCUCCGCCCUUUUCUGGUCAAAAUUUUCUCUGAGAUGGAACUGCCGAUCCAGGCAAACUGGAGCUCGGUGUUGGUAUCACUGCUAGGCAUACUUGGCAAUAUUGGAUGUAUGCUUUUGAUAAACCGAGUCGGUAAGAAGCGCUUGGCUAUUACGUCUUUCGGCGCAGUUUCACUAUGCUUCGUAUUUUUGGCACUUCACCUACGCGGUUACUCACCAAAUCUUGGUGGUAACUUCGACGAUCAUUGGUGGCCCCUUUCUCUAUUCUUGAGCCUCUUCUUCUUUUACAAUCUAGCAUUGCAACCAAUACCCUGGAUUUAUCUUAGCGAAUUGCUACCAUACAAGGGGCGAGGAGUUGCGACGGGAAUUGUGGCAAGCCUGUUUUACAUGGGAAUAUUCUUCGGCGUGAAAUCCUAUCCAACGUUGCUAGAAAACAUCGGCUUGGACGGAAUUUUCUACGUGUACGCUGCAGUAAGUAUCGGUGGCAUUUUCUACACGUGGCUUGUACUUCCUAGCACGGAGGGGAAGUUUCUCUGCGAAAUAGAGACCGAAACGACGCAAGUCACUCACAACGGCAAAAAGGUGGACAUCUGAUCUGUUUACGAUACGACUUUAUACUGCAGAAUGCCUCUGAAAAUGCCUACCCCAUAUGGAGCUGUCGUUCAAUAGGCGGGCGGGGGUGGAGCUUUUUUCGCCCUAACCUCAAUAGUAUGGGUUCUCGCUGAAGUUUUUACAAUAAGUAAUUGACGUUGAAAUUAUUAUCUUAAACUCACUCAAGAAUGAUUAAUUUUUAUAUCUGGACACAGAUUUUCGAGCAGUUUCCCUAAGUUUGGUAAAAGUCCGAAAACUGAUCGACGAUCUUCAUUUCGAUCUAACUUUAUCUCUGAAGGUAUGAAACUCAUCGUUUGUGUAGCAUCGGAUCAGCCUAUCUACAGUUUCCAUACCUUUGGCGUGCGCGCAACAACUACCACGUGUUGAGAGACUGUGAAGGUAUAUUACCAAUUAAUGUUAACGUCUUCAGAACGCCUACAAAAGCCUUGUAUGCAACUUUAGUUACAAUAUUGAAGUAUCUCCGACCCUACUCUUAGAUGACGCAACGUGUGCGCUGCUGAAUGUUCCAGUAGGUUCCAAUACAUUCAUAUGCAGAUUAUUGGCGUCCAAUGUAAAUAAACGUAUACUUAAUUAAAACUUUUGCAAGAGCAAAAAAGUUUUGUUUCUUCUGUACAGCUGCCAGUAAGCGUAUUGCAAACUUUUGCAAGACCAAAAAAGUGACUGGUGCCUUUCGUAAAAAUGCUCAAAAAAUACUAGAAGCGCAUGUAUUUUACGUUAUAAAAUGUAUUCCUCAGGUACCUCAUAGUAUGCGCAGAAAAUAUGCAUAUUUUUCAGCCCCUCUGGGGUUGAAAGAUUUUACAGCUAAAAUCUCAAGAUUUCAGUGCGUUAUUAGAACAAAUAAGGGAUGCAUGGCACACACACACAAUCUUCCUCGUCCCUAAAGUGCGUUAAGCACGAAGCCGCGAAUCGUCCUAUUCCCUCGUUUAACUCUCUCCUACUUUUCUCCUUUAAAAAUGUAAUUAAAUUCAAUCAAAUUAAAAUUCACAGUGGAAUACUCCCGACGAGUUAACAUUCUCUUGUAAUAGAGAUUUAUCUUGAUUUCUCUUUUAUUUGCAGUAUUAAUUUUUAUAGCAUCCGUUGAAUGGGGACGCUACUAAUUGCCACUCCUAACCAAUCCUUUUAAUAAUUUUCACUGUGUAUAUCUGUGUGUGUAGCGAAAUGUAUGAUGUGUGUGUAUAUAUAUCAAACGUACUUUUUAUAAGAACUGUUUAGCAAAUUAAGUUGUACUUCAGAAAUGCUUUAUAAAAAGGGUACAUACUAGAAGUCAAAUCGACGCAAUUUGACGCUUCGUGUUAAUUUUUUGGCCUAAAUUGAGAACAAAUUCAAUGGUAUCUCGCCUCUUUGUCCCUACACAGAUCCUUACCACCUACUGAUCCUCAAAAAAUAUUGUUACUCGCACCAAGUUUUGAAUAAUAAUAAUUUGCUCUUUGUUUCCAAAUGACAUCCAUUUCCAUGAUUAGGUCUUAAAGAAUCGUGAGGCUUUUCCGUGAUUGAAAACAUUGUAUUUGAUCUGUUUUGUAAAUAAAAGAAGACUUUCGUACAA